GGAGUGUAAUGUAGCCUCGGCGGGACACGGCGGGGGAAACGGGGGCGCAGAGCCGAGCUACACACGCGCUGAGCGCACGAGGGGAUCAGAGCUGACCUGAACACGAGAAGACGAGAUCUCAUCGAGGCUUCUGAGAGAGUUGAAAUCAUGAGUCAUCGGUUCUCUUUAAAGUUAUUUUAUUCACUUUGCAUUUAAAGCGCGCGCGGUGGCACGAAAGGUAUGUGCGGAUGGACGGGUUCUGGAAGAGAGCAAAGGACGGAGAGAAGCACAUGAAGGCAGCGCUCAUCUGCCCCGGUGAGUGGACACGGGGACCAGACCGGGGGUCUGCACGCGCCUGAGAAAUAAGUUCUCAUGCCUGGAAUACAUUUAUUUUUCGCUAAUAGGCAAAUGCUGGAAACGGUGAGGUUUACAUCGGUUUAUCGACUUUUUAUGAAUAUGAAUGAAUAUGGACCGUCUUUGGAUUAAAAAACAGCGCGGUUAUGCAAGAGCUGAUGGCUUCUCAUCGCACUGAUGCAGGAGUAAAAAAGAAAACACGUUAGGAGGCAAAAUUUAGGGGGAGUGGGUAAAUAGGAAGUGUGGUAUUGGGAACUUGCAAGAAAUAGUAGCAGUAAAAGUAAUAAUAAUAAUAAUAAUAAUAAUAAUAAUAACAAUAAUAAUAAUGAUAAUAGUGUUAUUUAUAAUUUACUGACACUGCUUACACUGGCAUUGACAUGAAAUUUUCUAAUAAUGAUGGACCAGACUUGCAUUUAUUUGUAUAUUAAUAAUAUGUAAGUAAUGCCUUCACAUACUUGAGUGACCCCUGCAGACUAGACCCCAAUUUGGACACAUUAUAGACACAUCUAAUUGUCUCCAACCAAUGAAAUUUUGCCUAUGCGAAUAAUAAACUAAACCCUCAGUUGCUCAGAUGGAGGUGACAGUGAGCUCAACAUCUCGCUGGCUUUGCUCUCUUUCUUCCUGUGGACUCCUGCCUCGUGAGAUGCUGUGAUUUCUGGAAGGGGACAAAAACUGGCAGUGAUGGAUUUGAACUUAACCGUGAUUGACAGUGGUUUGUUGGAGAGCGACCAAUCGACGCGAGUUCUCACUGGCUGCUUUCUGUCCCUCCUCAUUCUGUCCACGCUGCUGGGCAACACGCUGGUGUGUGCGGCAGUCACCAAAUUUCGUCACCUCCGCUCCAAAGUCACCAACUUCUUUGUCAUCUCGCUGGCCGUGUCAGACCUCCUGGUGGCCAUCCUGGUCAUGCCUUGGAAGGCUGUGACGGAAAUUGCUGGUUUCUGGCCAUUUGGAUCCUUCUGUGACAUCUGGGUGGCUUUUGAUAUCAUGUGCUCCACGGCGUCCAUCCUCAACCUUUGCGUUAUCAGUGUGGACCGGUACUGGGCCAUUUCCAGCCCCUUCCGCUAUGAGAGGAAGAUGACUCCCAGGGUGGCAUUUGUGAUGAUCAGCGUGGCUUGGACGCUUUCCGUGCUCAUUUCCUUCAUACCAGUGCAGCUGAACUGGCACAAGGCUCAGCCAACGGGCUUCUCCUUGCCUAACGCCUCUAGAGGAGUGCCUCUCAUGGACAACUGCGAUUCCAGCCUCAACCGGACCUACGCCAUCUCCUCCUCCCUCGUCAGCUUCUACAUCCCUGUGGCCAUCAUGAUCGUGACCUACACUCAAAUUUACAGAAUUGCCCAGAAGCAGAUCAGGAGGAUCUCGGCGCUGGAGAGGGCCGCCGAGAAUGCCAAGAUACGUCACAACAGCAUGGGCAGCAACUCCAACAUGGACUCGGAGAGCUCCUUCAAGCUGUCCUUCAAAAGGGAAACCAAGGUGUUAAAGACCUUGUCAGUUAUAAUGGGGGUGUUUGUGUGCUGCUGGCUACCCUUCUUCAUCCUCAACUGCAUGGUGCCGUUUUGUGAGCACAGCCUUCCGUGCAUCAGCCCCACCACCUUUGACAUCUUCGUCUGGUUCGGGUGGGCAAACUCUUCCCUCAAUCCCAUCAUCUAUGCCUUCAACGCAGACUUCCGCAGGGCUUUCGCCAUCCUUCUGGGCUGUCCGAGACUUUGUCCAGGCAACAACGUCAUAGAAACCCCUAGCCUAAACAAAAACUGAAACAUUCCUUUCCUCUGUCAGAUCACAGGGGAACCUCACUGUGAGGCUAGCCUGCUCUAAAAUGCAGUCCAUGUCACAACCCUCAGUGCCAGAACAAGCAUCUGGACAU